AUUGCCGAUAAAAACGAUGGGGUUGAAAACUCUACAUAUAAAAGGCCUAUAGACUCCUUUGACGCUUCACGCCACCAAUCCUCCCGAUCUCAAAUCUUUCUCUGCUCCAUCAAACCGCAACCAUGUCGUGCUACAGAGGAAAGUUCGCCGAUGAGCUCAUUGCUAAUGCCGCAUAUAUUGGCACCCCUGGAAAGGGUAUCCUUGCUGCUGAUGAGUCAACUGGAACAAUUGGCAAACGUUUCUCUAGCAUCAAUGUUGAAAAUGUUGAGUCAAACAGGAGGGCUCUCCGGGAGCUGCUCUUCACCACCCCUGGUGCUCUCCAAUACCUUAGUGGUGUAAUCUUGUUUGAGGAAACUCUUUACCAGAAGACUGCUUCUGGCAAGCCAUUUGUGGAAGUUUUGAAGGAAGGCGGAGUUCUUCCUGGAAUCAAGGUUGACAAGGGUGUGGUUGAACUUCCAAGGACCGAUGGUGAGACAACCACCCAAGGUCUAGAUGGCCUAGCUGAGCGUUGCCAAAAGUACUAUGAGGCUGGUGCUAGAUUUGCUAAAUGGCGUGCUGUGCUGAAGAUUGGCCCAAAUGAGCCAUCACAGCUUGCCAUCAAUGAGAAUGCCAAUGGUCUUGCUCGUUACGCCAUCAUCUGCCAGCAGAAUGGUCUUGUACCCAUUGUUGAGCCUGAGAUCCUUGUUGAUGGGCCACAUGACAUUGAAAAAUGUGCCGAUGUGACUGAGCGUGUUCUUGCUGCAUGUUACAAGGCCCUCAAUGAUCAUCAUGUCCUUCUGGAGGGUACCUUAUUGAAGCCAAACAUGGUCACACCUGGUUCUGAGUCUGCCAAGGUUGCACCAGAGGUGAUAGCGGAGUACACUGUUUGUGCCUUGCAGCGCACCAUGCCUCCUGCCGUCCCGGCCGUUGUGUUCUUGUCUGGUGGGCAGAGUGAGGAGGAAGCUACCAUUAACCUUAAUGCAAUGAACAAGCUCAAGACUAAGAAGCCAUGGAGCCUCUCUUUCUCCUUUGGACGUGCUCUCCAGGCUAGCACUCUCAAGAUUUGGUCUGGUAAAGAGGAAAAUGUUGAGAAAGCCCAGUCUAAUUUCUUGGCAAGGUGCAAAGCCAACUCUGAGGCAACCCUGGGAACUUACCAAGGUUCUGCUAACCUCAGUGAGGCUGCUUCCGAGAGCCUUCAUGUGAAGAAUUACAAGUACUAAUCAUGGCUUUCGUCUCUUGGCUUGUUUCAGUUUUGAUUAAGAGCAAACUUCGCUUUGCCGCUUGAGUGUCACCCAAGCAUCGCUUAUUUAGGCUUUCUUAUCUCUCUGCCGAACCAUCAUUUAUAUCAUUUUGCAUUUUAAUAAUAAUAAUACUUGCUACACUGCUAGGCAAAAAUGAUUUUUUGCCUACGACAGUUUUUUUUCCUUCUAAAUUUCUUUGUCUCAUACUUUCAUGCCCCGUGGUGACUAAAAAAAAUUAUGUCUGUUUUU